AUGGCAAAUUUUAAAGGACAUGCUCUUCCUGGCAGUUUCUUCAUCCUCUUUGGCGUCUGGUGGUCUGUUAAAUACCCACUGAAAUAUCACAGCAGGAGAUCGAAAAACGGACCUGGAAACCGUUGCUUCAGUUAUAUGGAAGUCACUGAAGGGGCUGUCAAAAUAAUCUUUUCAGUAAUAGGGAUGCUGGCUGAACAGUUUGUUCCAGAUGGUCCCCAUUUGCAUCUCUAUGGCGGGGACCCCAGUGCCUGGGUGAAGCUGAUGAACUGGCAACACACAACCAUGUACCUGUUCUUCUGCAUCUCAGGGAUAGUGGAUGUAUUCACCUAUACUUCUGCCAAAGUGCCCAUAGGAUUGGAUCGCCUGGUUCUUUCUGUCGCCCUCUUUGUUGAAGGCUUCCUGUUCUAUUUCCAUGUCAUGCACCGGCCAUUGGUGGAUCAACACAUUCAUUCUCUGCUGUUCAUUGCCACUUUUGGUGGGGCUGCCAGCCUUCUACUGGAAGUCUUCUUGCGAGAUAAUAUCGUCUUGGAACUCUUUCGUUCCAGCCUUGCCCUCCUACAAGGAACCUGGUUUUUUCAGAUAGGUUUUGUGCUGUACCCACCAUGGGGAGGCCCAGGUUGGGAUGAAGAUGAUCAUAGCAACAUGAUGUUCCUCACCAUGUGCUUCUGCUGGCACUAUGCCCUAGCAAUCCUCAUUCUGGCUGUAAACUACGCCCUGGCUUACCGGAGGCAGCAAAGUGCUGAGGAUGAGAUAUCAGAAGAAGCCAACUCUGAGCUGAUUGUCUUGGGAGCUGGCUUCUGA